CUAUGCUUAUUUCAUAAUUGUGUUGCUUCUUGGAUUUGAACAAGUACUUCCGGUAUAGGCUUAAUGCUUAAGUGUGAUACCACUUAGCCUAAAGAAAAGUACUUCCGGUGUAUAAUAUAUUCGCAAUGCAGCUUAUAAUUGUAUAGCUGUCAAUACACGUGCUUUUAACCAUUGUCAGUAUGGUGUUGGGGAUGUAUCUCAUUUUACAAUAUGUUCGUACGUUUAAUGUUUAAAUAAAUACUUAGCUACAUGUAGGUUGAUAUGCGUUGCGAUAUUGAAUAAUCACGCUGUAAAAGUAUUGAUUUUGUAGUGUUAUUUCAUAGGAACACGGCUGAAGAAUAUAAGACGAAAACAACCGUUUAACACGACCGGACUGGGAUAUGCACACCAUGAUGCCAGAAUAAAAAGAAUAUUAAUUAAAAUAAAUACAUUUAAACAACACGGUAAAGAUAUUGACAGACCUCUACCGGAAGAAAAAGACAUUCAUUGGAGAACGUAAAGAAUGUCGAAGAAUGUUGGAAAAGAUGAGACAUGACGAGUUAGUGUAAAACAUUGUUUGAAACUAGUUGAAAUAACAUCAACAAAUUUCACACAUCAGAACAACAGUAUAUUUACGGUUUCAAUCGGAAGGAAGAAUUUAGACCCGCUUACAACAUACCAAAACAAUUCAAUGAUGGCGUCAAUAUGGUGAGCAAUAGCAUCAUGAAUUGAGAUAACGUUUUGAUGUGCAAGGAUUAGCAGGUCAAAUGUCAGCGAUGAGGUGUCGAGUCUGUCUGCUGUUGAUAUGUGCUGUAUUAGUUGACGUUCACAGCCAUGAGGAGUUCGAGCCGCGACCCUACGACGGAUGGUUCAACAAUCUGGAGAAUCCAGACUGGGGCGCAGCAGAGACUGCGAUGUUGCGACAGAGCAAGGUGGAUUACAGCGACGGCGUUUACGCACCUUCCGGUGGCGGGCGGCCCAACCCUCUGGUGAUCAGUCGAGCCGCGCACCAGGGACCCGCGGGCAGGCCGUCCUCGGUAGGCCGUACGGCCAUGCUGGUGUACUACGGUCAGCAGCUCGUCGAAGAGCUGAUGGACGCACAAAGCCCUGGAUGUCCGAUCGAGUUUUUCAACAUUCGGGUACCUGAAGGUCAUCCUAAAUUUGACCCUAACAAAACCGGAAACAUGGAAAUGACUUUUCGGCGUUCAAGAUAUGAUCACAGAAGCGGGUUUUCUCCAAACAAUCCAAGAAAAAUCCUGAACGAGAUAACGCCAUUUCUGGACGGCCAGUUGAUUUACGGUCCUGCUAAGGCAUGGACGGACGCUAUUCGGGAAUUCAAAGGAGGCCGCUUGGCUGCCACAAGUCCGGACAACAUCAUGAUGUCGUUUCCGCUGAACAACACUGCACGCCUUCCAUAUGCUAACCCUCCCGUAGUGCGCGAACAUAAGCUGCGACCCGUGUCUCGUUUUCAUGCUAUUGGCAACCCACGUGGUCAUGAAAACCCGUUUCUCCUCGCAUUCGGAAUCCUUUGGCAUCGAUGGCACAAUUACCAGGCAGGGCAGAUUUCUAGCAGAAAUCCGAAUUACACAGACGAACAGAUCUUCGAGAUUGCAAGGAAACGAGUGAUAGCUCUGUAUCAGAAAAUAACGUUUUACGACUGGCUUCCGUUGUGGCUAAAUAUCAGCGUCUCUCCCGAGCAGUUCCGACUCGAUUAUCCGUACUACAGAAGCAACGGAAGUCGCGGUUUCCGGCAAGUCCCAUAUCAAGGCAAGUAUAGCGGAUAUGACCCUGACAUCCAUCCGGGUAUCAAGUUGGAGUUUCAGUCCGCCGCCAUGCGCUUCGGCCACACCCUUGUACCGCCCGGAUUAUGGCGGAGGGCUGCAGACGGUUGCAGUUACCUGCCCAGCGUAGACCCCGACACCAAGCGUCAGUUCGCCGCUCUCCGUCUUUGCAACACGUUUUUCGACGCAAGGAGAUUCGUCGAAGAGGAUUUAGACUCACUCUUCCGAGGCAUGGCCACCACUAUAGCAGAGCAGGAAGACUCGAUUGUUGUCUCUGACCUCACUGAAAGUGUCUUCGGACCAUUAGAAUUUUCCAGGAGAGACCUUGCGGCGUUGAAUAUUCAGAGGGGGCGUGACCACGGGCUUGCGGACUACAACUCAGUCAGGGAGAGUUAUGGGCUCCCGAGGAAACAGACGUGGGCGAGCAUUAACCCUCUGGGGUACAACUUGAAGGAAAUCGCCGCUGUUAGGGCCCUCUACAAUAAGUCCGGGGAUGGCUUGGACGAUAUUGACCUAUUUACGGGCGGCAUGCUGGAGACGACUGCGGAGGGACCUGGGGAGCUGUUCCAGCGGAUAUUGCUCGACCAGUUCCUCCGGAUUCGCCACGGGGACCGGUUCUGGUACGAGAACAGAAAGGAAAGCGGUCUGACGGACGCGGAAAUUUACGACAUUGAAAACUUACAGCUGGUUGACGUCAUCAACGCUGUGACAUUUGUAAGCAGCCAGCAGACGCAGCGGAACGUUUUCCUCUUCCAGAGCUCCGACAACGUGGGGUGCUUCAAGCAGCCAGCGCAGUUGGACCCAGAAGGCAGCCUGCACGGGGUGCCCAUGCUACAGCCGUGCACGGACCUCCGGACGUACGACUACUUCUCCGGCAGCGAAGUGUCAUUUACCUUGACCUUUCUCGUUCUGGCAGCAUGUGUCCCAGUCACCCUGCUCAUCAUGUUCCUGCUGUCCCGACACAAACGGCAGACCAUGUACAAGACACGAGUGCCGCCGCCAACGUUGCAGAGGACCGAGUCAGCCAAUACGAACGAGUUUGCAGCGCUGGAAUGGGUCGAUUUAGAGAACCCCGGUAGAAUAGUGACUGUGUUCCUGGACACAAUCGAUGGAAAAAUCAGCGUCUUCAACCCACAGCGGGUGUUGAUGAGAUUCGUGGACUUACUGUUCGUACCUUCGCAUAUUACUAGGAAGAGUACGAAAGUGAACGCGAGCGAGGUGGAGAUACACGUUUCAAGCGACAAAAUGGAAAAUUUUGCAGCGCUGAAGUUACCAGAAUACGAUUUAGUGUUGCAGUUCUCUAGCAUUGUGGAGCGCGAUCGCUUCGUGACGCAGCUGACCCACUUCCUGGACUCCAGGCAGAUCCAAAACACCAAGCGACAGCUGGUGGAGAACUACAUCCUUCGGAACGCGGUCACCAGGCGUGUCCGACAGGAGAGGCUCAAUAAGUUCUUCAAGAAAAUACUCAGGAUCUUCGAAGAGGGAGAUACGCGCGAAGAGAACAUGUACGUUGGUGACGGUGACACACUUGGGUCCGAGUUAACACGCAUAGAAUUGACACAGGCCGAGUUCGGCGAAGCGUUCGGGUUGAAGCCCAGCUCCAUGUUUGUGAAGCACAUGUUCAUGUUGGUGGAUUCCGACAAAUCAGGACGGGUCUCGUUCAGAGAGUUCCUUGAUAUCUUUAUUCUGUUAUCUUCUGACGACAUCGACAAUAAGAUCAGCCUACUCUUCAAGAUGUAUGACGUCGACUCACGUGGUGUCUUGACUAACGAUGACGUCAAAAACAUGGUCAGGUCCCUACUGGAUCUGUCGGAAAACGCGACAGACGAUAGGGUGUCCGAGUUCACUGCAGCCGUGUACCGGGAGGCGGGGCUACGGGCGGGCACGGAAAUGACGUAUUCUGACUUCAAGAAGGUCUUCCAAACGGACCACUACGCGCAGACGAUACGAAACGCCACGCUUGGACUGAAUGAUCCCGAUGCCGAUGCUGACCAGGCGGCCUCUCCGACAUCCCCCGCCGGCCCAAACGCCCGCAUGAUCCGCCGACGGUCAACUCUUGUAAGGGGAUACAGUGGAGUACCGGACCCUCCACCGCCGAAACCUCAUGAGUUUUCGUCUGAAAGUUUUGCGUCACGACUGAAACCUCCCAGUCGCCCUCCGCCCCGGAACCUCCAUCUCCAAGUAGCUUCCGGCACUAGGAAGGACGCUACAAUAUCACACGCAAACGGUGGUCGUCGAGAGACCGAUUCAGGCGAAGGCCUUUCAGAGAUGUCAGACAAAGUCCCGGUGCGUUGGCGGAAGGUGCAGUCGUAUCUGGCCACCUACCGGCUCCAGAUCUUCUGGCUUACACUCUACUGCCUCGUCACCGCCGGCAUCUUCUUAGAGCGCGCCUACUACUACUCCACGGAGCGGGAAGACCGCGGUCUGAGGCGCGUGGCGGGCCACGGAAUCACGAUGAGUCGCGGUUCAGCAAGCGUGAUCAUGUUCACCUACAGCGGACUACUUAUCACGAUGUGUAAGAACAUGAUCACCGCCCUGCGCGAGACCGUACUCAAUCGAGUCGUACCCUUCGAUUCGUUCCACUCCAUGCACAAGAUUAUUGCCUGCAUUUCUCUGGCGUUUACAGUGAUACAUAUAAUAUUCCACGGCUCGAAUCUGUACCACAUCUGUACGCAGGCGUCUUUGGAUCUCAACUGUUACCUGAGGGAAUACUUUAGGGCCUCCCACGAGCUGGCCAGCUUUCACUACUGGGCGUACGGCACCACGACGGGAAUCACAGGCGUGAUUGUGACCAUCCUACUCAUCGUGCUAUUCACGUUCUCGCUCCCUUACGCUCGCCGCUUCCUGUUCCACGCAUUUUACAACACGCACCGUCUCUACUAUGCCAUCUACCCGCUCGUGUUCUUGCACGGUAGCGUCCGCAUGGUGCAGGAGCCGCACUUCUUCUAUUACGUCGUCGGACCGGCGGUCAUAUUCGCUGUGGACAAGCUUGUCAGUCUGAACCGACGAACGCUUGAGUUGACAGUCGUGAAGGCUGAGCUGUUACCCUCGGAGGUUACGGCGCUUAAAGUGAAAAAGCCUCCGGAUUUUGUGUACAAGUCCGGUCAGUGGGCUCAGGUCGCCGUCGUGCCGCUAGGGAGCGCUGAAUUCCACCCACUUACGAUGACGUCAUCCCCACACGAAAACUUCCUGUCCUUUCACAUUCGCGCCGUUGGGCCGUGGACGACGAACGUUCGGCGUCUGUUUGACCCGAGCCAAAGAACUGACGGCGGUAUGCCGAAGCUGAUUCUGGACGGCCCUUUCGGUGAAGGUCAUCAGAACUGGUACAAGUUUGAGGUGUCCGUGCUGAUAGGGGGCGGGAUAGGGGUCACGCCUUUCAGCUCCAUCAUCAAGGACAUCGUGCACAAGUCCAAGAGCGGAAUACCCAUGCAGUGCAAAAAGGUGUACUUCCUGUGGGUGACGCGUACGCAAAAGCAGUUCGAGUGGGUGACGGACAUCAUCCGGAGCGUGGAGGAAGCGGACCAGCGCAAGAUCGUUACCACGCAUAUAUUCGUCACCGAGAUCAAGACGAACUUCGACAUCCGAACUUCCAUGCUGUAUAUAUGCGAGCGGCAUUUCCAGAAGAUUUGCGGUCGCAGUCUGUUCACGGGGCUCGAGGCGACGACACAUUUCGGACGUCCCCGCUUCUUCCGGUUUCUAGAUAGCCUCAGGAAUAGGCAUCCAAAGGCCCGGCGUAUAGGAGUGUUCAGCUGUGGACCCGGACCUAUGACAUUGGCCGUGGAGAAAGCUGUGCAACAAGUCAACAAGUGUGAAUACCCUACCUACUACCACUCCUAUGAGAACUUCUAGUGCAACCAUCAGAUUUAUGUUAGGAUCAUAUGACUCUCCUGUGAGAAAUUCUUCUGCGACCAUACGACUUAUUACCAUCACUAGGUUAGCUUCUAGGGCCAACCGACCUUCUACCAUCACCAAUUUCCUCUGCGACCAUACGACCUACUUCAAGCACUAUGUAAACUUCCAUUCAACCUCCAACCAUCACUAUGAGAACCUAUAUCGUGAUAAUCCGACCUACGACCGUCACUUUGCGAGAAUUCGACGUAUUGCCGCCUCUUUGUAAACUUAACGCGACCAUCUGAUCUACAGCCGCCGCUAUGCGACCAUACGACCUACCGUUCUUCCAGCUCUAUGCGACCAUACGACCUACCGUUCUUCCAGCUCUAUGCGGCCAUAAUAUCUGGGCAAUAAAUGAAGUGUGACUGUUUUCGUUUACAUUUUUAGUAUGUUUAAGUAUUUUUAAUUGGUUAGAAGGUUUUGAAUUCAAAUAAUUAUUUAAACCAUAUCAACAAUUAUUUUAUAUCUUUUGAUAUCUAAAAAUGUCUUGUGUAGAUGAGCAUUGAAACAAGAUUUAAUAAUCGCGUAACACUGGUGAGUUGCCAAUCAAUUCAAAUAGGUGAUAGUGAUUCAUUUGAUAUACGCUUCGAUGCAUAACCAAUUGUGUUUUUAGUGAUUAGGCAAACUAUUUUUGGUAGGUAGGUAUGGAUUUUUUAUGCAUUUAUGAUGGACCAUAUUAAGAUGUUUAAACGGAAAAGAUAUUCAAAACAUAUAUAAAAACAAUCUGCGAAAAGGAAAAAAAUUAAUGUUUUAAGACCGGGGAGUUCUUAUGGUAAUUCAAGUAACAUGAAACAAACCUAUUUGUUCGCCUUAGGAUGGUAUCAGUUCCCAUAAUUUGAUAACCUGUUUUCAACUUCAAGACCUUUAAUAUCUUCACUAUGCAAAGAAGGGCGCAAAGGAACCGUAAAUCCUAGACGGUUUGAUAAUGGGUAGAACAUCACUUUGAUAUUCUUCAAGUAGUCAAUGCUCGCCUCAAACUUUCUAUAUGUCUACGUGUGUCAAGAUACGGUUUAAGUCUUCAAAAUGUGCGGGUCUGUGUUGCAUUUCUGUUUGUGCCAAACGAUCCAAAAACACGCUACUCAGUUUUUUUUUUUAUAUUUAACCUGCUCUAUGUUAUGUUUGUUUUGCAUUUACACUUUAAUCUGUAGUUUUAAUGAUACAUACAACUGUAGAAAUGUAUUCUAUUCAGUAUAUGUUUUGCUGUUACUUUUAUUAGCUCACCUGCGCACAACGUAAACAGAUUUUGGGAUUGGAUUUUGUUCGUGCGUCGUCAGUACACUUUUCAUUCAAAAGACAGCUCCUUAACCGCUGGGCAGAUUUUCACUAAACUUGACAUCACAACUCAUUGGAUGACACAAUCUGAGUAUUGUUAAAAUCGUUUCGUUAAGCUGAAAAUGUAGGUUACAAAAGAUAACAAAAUAUUGUGAACAUUAAAACUAUAAACAUCGUAUUCCCCAAAUGUUAAAGUGUUAGCGAUUUAAUACGUUAGGUGUGCAAAUCGUCUAUUGGCCUUUCACGUACUUUGUUCAGAUCGUUCUUAUGGGGUCAAAUCUGGCAACGCCCUAAUGGUCUAAUAAGUAAUAUACCGGAUAGUCUUAUAUAGUAAAUGAGUUUUAAAAAGUCUUCUGCUUUUAAACCGCAAGGGCGAAUGGUUAAAUAUUUGGUAUGUUACAUCGACUAGUACAAUGCUAAAAUAAUUAUUGUUUGUUCAAAUCUCGCCACGCCACAGGAGUAGAAUAAUUUAUAUGGACUGAUACAGUAAAUAACGGUUAACCCAUAUCUUAAUAAGUGCUUUAAUACUUGAUAUGACCCAUCGUCUUGUGGACGUAUACCAAACAUGUUUUAACCAUGUCCCUAGGAUAAACAAUUGCCAAGCCCAAGAUGUAACAUGUUUUAACCAUGUCCCUAGGAUAAACAAUUGCCAAGCCCAAGAUGUAACAUGUUUUAACCAUGCCCCUAGGAUAAACAAUUGCCAAGCCCAAGAUGUAACAUGUUUUAACCAUGCCCCUAGGAUAAACAAUUGCCAAGCCCAAGAUGUAACAUGUUUUAACCAUGUCCCUAGGAUAAACAAUUGCCAAGCCCAAGAUGUAACAUGUUUUAACCAUGUCCCUAGGAUAAACAAUUGCCAAGCCCAAGAUGUAACAUGUUUUAACCAUGUCCCUAGGAUAAACAAUUGCCAAGCCCAAGAUGUAACAUGUUUUAACCAUGUCCCUAGGAUAAACAAUUGCCAAGCCCAAGAUGUAACAUGUUUUAACCAUGUCCCUAGGAUAAACAAUUGCCAAGCCCAAGAUGUAACAUGUUUUAACCAUGUCCCUAGGAUAAACAUUGCCAAGCCCAAGAUGUAACAUGUUUUAACCAUGUCCCUAGGAUAAACAUUGCCAAGCCCAAGAUGUAACAUGUUUUAACCAUGCCCCUAGGAUAAACAUUGCCAAGCCCAAGAUGUAACAUGUUUUAACCAUGCCCCUAGGAUAAACAUUGCCAAGCCCAAGAUGUAACAUGUUUUAACCAUGUCCCUAGGAUAAACAUUGCCAAGCCCAAGAUGUAACAUGUUUUAACCAUGUCCCUAGGAUAAACAUUGCCAAGCCCAAGAUGUAACAUGUUUUAACCAUGCCCCUAGGAUAAACAUUGCCAAGCCCAAGAUGUAACAUGUUUUUUUAUAAACUGUUCAAUCAAAAUUUUAAAAAUCUUCUCUUAAACUGCCUGUGUCAGUGGUUUAAUAUUUUAAAGGUUCUCUACUAUCUUUGUGAAAAUUGUGCAGUUGGUGUCAAAACUGACCACUCCCGAAGGGUCACGUGACUUAUAAAAACGUGCAAAGUAAAAAUAAAUAACAAAUCAUUUUUGACGCCGACGUGAUCGGGGGGGGGGGGGGUUGACAUCAUCUUGUGGAUUUUACCUAGUUUGUUUUGUUUAAAUUAUGACCAUUGUGUAAAAAAAUGGCCACACCACUGGAGUCUUGUCUGCCUUAGGGUAAGAUGUUUUUGCAAUUAAUUAUAUAAAAAAAAUCUCUUAAACCACACAGCACACUUCUUUGAUGCUUAGUAUGUGACUUCAGAUUGUGGUCCUAUAUGCAUAUUGUUUUUAUCAUGCCAUUGGGUUCGAAAAUUGCCUCGCUCGUUUACACAGGUUAGCGAUCUAGGCCAACUUUGCCUUGUAUAUCUUCACCAUUCAUUCUGUAAACUGUACUUUAAUUAUGAAUCUUAAAUACUGAUUAUUUAUGAUUUAUGCAAUAUACGUGUGCACCUUUUCUGAAAUAUUGUAUAAUUAUUAUAUGAAUAAAAACUUUUUAUAAAAUGCUAA